CUGACAUAAUCCAAAAUGGCAGCCACCAUCGGGAGACUACUGAGGACCUCUGCAAAGGUUGCAGCAGGAGGACUGAAGGUCCCAGCAGCGUGUCAGCGUGGAGCAUCUGCAAGAAUCCUGAGCGCCGCCGCUCUGCAGAGAGCCUGUUUCUCUACCGGCUCCUCCAGAUGGACCCCUGCCGUCACUCAGCCGGCUCCUGCUUUUAAAGGCACAGCUGUCCACAACGGGGAGUUCAAGGAGAUGAGCCUGGCUGAUUUCAAGGGCAAAUACCUGGUCCUCUUCUUCUACCCGCUGGACUUCACCUUCGUGUGUCCAACAGAGAUCAUCUCCUUCAGCGACAAGGCCAGCGAGUUCCACGACGUGAACUGUGAGGUGGUGGGAGUGUCUGUGGACUCUCACUUCACCCACCUGGCCUGGAUCAACACGCCACGCAAGACUGGAGGUUUGGGGAACAUCCACAUCCCUCUGCUGUCUGACCUCAACAAGCAGAUCUCCAGAGACUACGGGGUGCUGCUGGAGGGUCCGGGCAUCGCUCUGAGAGGCCUGUUCAUCAUCGAUCCAAGCGGCGUGGUGAGACACAUGAGUGUGAACGACCUCCCAGUGGGCCGUUGUGUAGAAGAAACCAUUCGUUUGGUGAAGGCGUUCCAGUUUGUGGAGACCCACGGUGAGGUGUGUCCAGCCAGCUGGACCCCCGAGUCCCCGACGAUCAAACCAACUCCAGAAGGAUCCAAGGAGUACUUUGAAAAAGUCAACUGAAAAAAUAAACAAAAUGUUCACAACUCGUACACCUAAGAAAUAAAUGUACAAUCUUAGUUUACAGUCAAGUUGUAUUUACUCGUACACAGCUGAAUACACAAAAUAAAUAUAUUCUUUUUAAAUGGUA